CCAGCUGGUACCACGGGCUCCUCAUCCUCCUCCGGGACUUCAUUUGUUGCUGCCUCUGAAAUCAGGACAUGGAACUGAAAUGGAAGAGCAAACCUGUGAACGUUCUCCUCGGAUGCGUCCUGGCCCUCUGCUUUUGUGCAGUUUGUCCGGCUGAGAGACUGUGCACGGUUCCUCCGGGCCCAGUGACAGUCCCUGAGAACAGCACGGUCGACAUUGAGGUGGGAAAAAUCGACUCCAGUAGUGAUGUGGAGCUGACCGUCACUGUGAACCCUGAAGAUCUGUUCUACCUGAAAGGAAACGCUCUGAUGGUGAAGAAAGGCCUGGACUAUGAGUCGUUGGACAGUUUAACUCUGACGGUGUGGGUGCAGUGCAGCAGAGAGGAUUCCAUAUCUGUGAACGAGCCUGUUGAGGUUUUAAUUGAAAAUGUGAACGAUAACCCUCCAAACUUUGCACAAAGCCAUUACGUACUGGAGGUGAAUGAGCUCACUGCAGUCAACUCCAGUGUGGGACUGAUAGAAGCCUCAGAUGUGGAUUCAGAGCCGCUGUACUAUCGCUUAGAGCCUGCAACAGAUAAAUAUUUCCGACUGGAAAACAUCAACACUCCAAAGAUAAUUGUUAAAAGCAUUCUGGACUACGAUGUUAUACAGAAGAUCCCUCUGGUUUUACACGUGCAGGACACGCUUAACGGUUCGGCCUCCAACGAGCCAUUCUUCACAUCGGUGGCCACCAUAACGGUGCAGGUGAAGGACGUGGAUAACCGGCCGCCGUGGUUUCAGCCAUGUUUGAGGAGCAACUUGGGAAUUGCCAAACUGUGUGUGAGCACCGGCUACAGGGGCAAAGUCAACCUCACCGAGAAGGAGGACGGGCCGUUGGUGCUGGAGCCGGGUCCGGUGUUCGCUAAGGAUGGAGACAAGAACCGCAGCGAGGUGAUCAGCUACAGAAUCCUCCGAGGAAAUGAGGGGAAUAUUUUCCAGAUUGAUGAGGACACAGGAAACAUCUCCAUGGCUAAAGCUGCUGACAUUGUCGGCCCAAUAACUCUAACUGUUCUGGCGUCUCAGGUGACAAACAGGGAUCAGUUUGCUAUGACGCAGGUGACCAUCGAAGUGAUGAAGAAAAGCAGGAACCCUCCUCGUUUUGAGAAGGAACGUUAUGAAGGCUUUAUCUACAGCAACUCUGUUCCCGAGAGCAUGAUCCUCCGAGACCGGAGCACCAACCGGCCCUUCAGGGUCCGAGCACGGGACGAGGACUUUGCCGCUGGUACGAAUCCCGAUGUGAAGUAUGAGGUUCAGUACAGCAGCUACGUCAACGUCACCUCCGACGGGUUUGUUAUUUUGAAGAGAGUCGUGAAGACGGAGUCUUUUGCACUUCAGCUCAGAGCCGUGGACACGACGACAGGGGAGUUUGGAACAGCUGCCCUCUCGGUUCAGGUCAUACCAGCGGUGGCCAUCCCGUCCCCCUCUAACGUCGGCUACCGUCCGGGCGACAUGGCGCUGCUGGGUCUGGUGAUGGCGGCUCUGUUGGUUCUCUGUCUCAUCGUGAUUGGCUUCUUGAUUUCCCGCUUGUGGAAGGGAAACGCCAGCAUGGACAAAAUAUGUGAGUGCCUGGGCCCCUGCCUCAAGUCGGAUCAGCAUCGCUCCGGACACAGGGAUUCCCUGCAGUACACCAACGAUGGCUUCCAAACCGAGGGUGACGCCAGCCGUGGGGGAGGCAAGCGCUCCAACCACGUGGUCCCCAGACGGAGCACCUUCCCCCAGGCUCGAGGACGGGUGAUCCCCAUAGAGGGACGGAACCGCCACUGCUCCUCCUGUGGCAUCUUCAGCAACCACGUCCCCAAAGGGAGCCCCUCGGUGAGGCCGUCCAGGAAGGGCAGGGGAGACGGGGACGAGUACGGCAUGAGGUCUAUGGCUAACAAGCAGAGGCGGAAGGAGGGCCAGAAGACCGUGUGGUUCAAGGAGAGCGAGGACUCCUCCGACAUCGAGGUGGAGAUUAUCCCAGACACUGUGGGCCGGGUGGAAGAGGAGACGGAGGAGGAGCUGGAUAUGGAGGGGGUGGUCAGAGAUCCGGCAGCCCCUCUGAGAGAGUCUGAGGGUGAGCAGGAGAGCGAGAGCGCAGGGCCCGAUGAAGAGAAGGACCGCGGUAAAGAGAAGGGAGGCGAGGAGCGGGAGGGGUGACAGCAAAGGUCAGAGGUCAAACUCCAGACGGAGGAUGAAACUGAGCUGGUUGUUGUUGUUGGUGUCACUUUUUGGAGACAACAGCAGGGAAGACUCAGGAGUCCAGCAUGACACUUCCAACAUCUCUGGAUAAAUGAAAACCCCAAGAAUACAUGCAAGGAUCCAAAACGUAUUUAUUAUUUUCCACCUUGAGUAUCACAGAAAACAGCAUCCGACUGUAUGCAAUAUUGUAGUAUACACUGAGAUCAAUACAUACACCAAGGUGACUUCUCCUUCUAAUGGUUUAGUCUUUCUUCAUACAUUUUGGGUGUUAUUCUCGUAGUCUUGGCUAAAAUGAAAGCAACAUUGCUACAGAAAGUCCUUUCCCAGAUCUCUGCAGGUAUUCGGUGAGUACGAAUUUCUUGUGUUGUAUAAUGUAAAACGGUGGCCAAAGCUACUAAAACUAGAUCCAAGUUGUGAUAAAGGGAAAUGUAGCAAAUGGAUAAGUAGGGUUACUUUCUAAUAAGGCACCAUCGAUGUAUAACAUUUUAUAAAUUCACAUAGGGGCAGCAACUAACUUUUAAUUGUCAAAUGAAUUAAAAACUAUUAUACUCUUUUACAACAACAUAUCACAGGUCUCAGAUAUAUACAAAACAUCUCGCUGAAGUAUUUGGCUGGAAAUACCAAUACAGAUCAUGCAUCGUAGCAUUCUAUAAACCCCUCUGUUUCAGCCCUGUUUCAAAAGUACUGAUUCUGUGUCUGUAGCUCUAAAUGCUAAUGAACUCCCCUCUGCAGAGUAUUUGGUUUAUAAAAACACAAUGGUGCUCUAGGAAGAAAUUCAGGUGAUAUGGUGGGUGGGUGUUACCUUGGUUGGGUAUUGGCUAAUGGUUGUGAAACAAAAAACCCAUUAUGACAUCACAAAGUGGCCAAAAUCUGAUCAGGUGAUUUUCAGAUUUUUAUAUAAAUGGAUCAGGACAAAAACGGAGAGAAUCUUUUUUCCUGAAACGUUCCAAAUCUGUCAACAAAGAGGGGACACCUAUUUAUGCAUAAAAGACAUGAAAAAGUGUAUUUUGCAUAAAAAGGUGACCUUUAAACUUUAAUAACGAUUAUAGCAGUUGUUUUUAUGUAAGAUGGGAAAGGCAGCUCAUACAGAAGCAAGCCUUUUAUGCUUAAGAAAAUAGCCCAUUAUCGCAAUACCUGCCAAUCCCUGUUUUGUGAGCUUUAUAAUUGUUGUAUCCACUAAUACUUUUUUCUUUUACACAAUGUAGAUAUCGAUAGAACAACAAUAUUGUUCUAUCAAUAUCCUCAAAUUCUUAAAAGAAUACUUCACUAAUUAAUUAUAAAUAAGUAUAUAUGCAUUAAAUGGUUCAUAGGGUAGCUUAGGGCAAGGGAUGAGUUACUAAUUGAUCUAAACAUGAGUAACUGAAUCAACCAGGAAUUAACCUGCUAUAAUGGAUGCCUUAUUAGAAAGAGGAAGUAUUUUUGACCCGUAGCAUAUGUAAUUCAUGUGAUUAGUUGACACUCCCUAGUAGUUAUUUUAUCUUUUUAUCCUUGUGGGUUGAUUAGUUUUUUCAGGUCAUUAAUAGUAUAUUCAUAAUUUACCACCAUUUCUUCUCCUGCGUGUCUCUAGUCAGGUUAGGAAGUCAGCUGAUCACAAGUCAGCAAAAUAAGGGCCAAAACCUGACAGUGAUUUGUGUCCACGGUGAGGUCACCGUGGUGCUGUGAUGAUGAUGAUUUCAGGCUUUUCUUGUACAGGCUUUACUAAACUGGAUUUUAUAGUAAAAAAUAUGUGAAGAUAAAAUGUAUCUACUCGUACUAAACUGCUGAGGGAUUGUGUUUUAUGUGGACUGUAUUUAUAUUGAGCGUGUUUGGGCAAAUAACUACUUUUAUGGAUAAAUCUAUCGUUGAUAUUUUGUACAUUAAAGUAAUGAAGGAAUAAUAAAGUUUGAAAAAUAAA